GAGAUCGUCAGGGUAAGAACACGCUCAACAAUUUCUACUGCAAGGUCACGUCGUACCACAUGUGCGCUUUCUACACAACUCUCAAAUUUUCUCAAAGACCAAUGGUCGUUUUACUGCUCGAGAUCAAUCCGUCUACUGUGAGAGAGUGAAGCAAGCUUUCUUGUCUCCUUCAGUCCGAUCAGAGUGAAUCCCAUCAACAACCCAACAACAACCAUAGCACAACUCCAGCACAACACCCUUCGCUGUCAAUAUGUCACAAUCAAUGCCAUACCGUAACCCGGCACGGCAACAGUCGCGCCAGAUGUCCGUCGACCCGCACAACGAAAUUCAUGUUCGACAAGAUCACUACAUUGGCAUUGAUGUCGGAACGGGCUCGGCACGUGCCUGCAUUAUGAACGAGAGGGGUGACAUUGUAGGCCUAGCCAGUGAGAACAUUGGCUUGUGGCAGCCAGAGACUGGAUACUACGAACAAUCAACGACCAACAUCUGGCGAUGCAUCUGCUCCUCCGUCCACCGAGCAAUGGCCCAGCAUAACGUUGAUCCCGCCACAAUCCGUGGCAUUGGUUUCGAUGCGACUUGCUCCCUCGCGGUCUUCUCCCACGACACUGACGAGCCAAUCGCUGUAACCGGCCCCAGGUUCGACAACGCAGAUGGGAAUGACCGCAACGUCAUACUUUGGCUGGACCACAGACCGAUCGAAGAGACGAAGAAGAUCAACGCGACAAACCACAAUCUACUACGGUAUGUUGGUGGUCAGAUGAGCAUUGAGAUGGAGAUCCCGAAAGUGCUGUGGCUCAAGAACAACAUGCCAAAGGAGCUGUUCGAUCGGUGCAAGUUCUAUGACCUGACAGACGCGUUGACACAUAUCGCGACGGGUAGCGAGACAAGGUCCUUCUGUUCGGUUGUAUGCAAGCAAGGAUACGUCCCUGUGGGCGUAGACGGCAGUGUGAAGGGUUGGCAGGAAGACUUUUUGACUGAGAUCGGGCUGCCAGACCUAUGCGAGGAUAAUUUCAAGCGCAUGGGCGGCGUCAAUGGGGUGAAUGGCCGCUACCUUACGGCCGGUGAGCUGAUCGGCACCUUGUCCGAGAAGGCUGCUGCAGACAUGGGCUUGCCAACUGGUAUUGCUGUCGGCUCCGGAGUUAUCGACGCCUACGCCGGCUGGAUCGGCACUGUUGGCGCCAAGGUCAACCUCUCCUCUGCGACGCUGAACGCAGGCAUGGCGAAGAACGAUGUGUCACAAGCUUUUACCCGUCUUGCUGCGGUUGCUGGUACGUCGACAUGCCAUCUCGCCAUGAGCGAAAAGCCGGUCUUCGUGAACGGGGUUUGGGGACCGUACAGGGAUGUGCUUAUCCCAGACUACUGGCUCGCAGAGGGCGGCCAGUCUGCAACCGGUGAGCUACUGAAGCACGUCAUUGAGACGCAUCCGGCCUUUCAAGAAGCCAUGUCUGUGGCCGAGACCUUCAAUGCCAACAUCUACGACUACCUGAACGAGCACCUUCGCGAGAUGCAGGACAAAGUCCGGGCACCCACCAUCUCUUGGCUCGGCCGACACUUUUUCUUCUAUGGUGAUCUAUUCGGCAACCGAUCACCCAUCGCUGACCCUGAGAUGAAGGGCAGUGUGAUCGGUUUGUCGUCUGAUAAGAGCAUCGACGGUCUCGCACUGUACUACUACGCGACAAUGGAGUUCAUCGCUCUCCAGACACACCAGAUCAUCGAAGCGAUGAACAAGUCCGGUCACAUCAUCAGUUCCAUCUUCAUGUCAGGAUCACAAUGCCAAAACUCAGUGCUCAUGGAGCUUAUGGCGACCGCCUGCGACAUGCCUGUGCUCAUUCCGCGAUACGUGCAUGCCGCGGUGGUGCACGGAGCAGCCAUGUUGGGCGCGAAGGCGGCGUCGACGGACAAGGAUGGCCAUAGUGAGCCGCUAUGGAACAUCAUGGACCGCAUGUCGAAGCCUGGCAAGGCUGUAUACCCCAACAAGGAUGAAGGUGAGAAGAAGCUGCUGCAAGCCAAGUACAAAGUGUUCUUAGAGCAGUGUGACCAGCAGAGGCAGUUCAGGAAGGACGUCGAUGAGGCAGUCUCCGGAUGGAAGAGGUAGCUGUCUAGCGAAAUGGUACUGAGGAACGCCGGCGAGGUACCGUAAAUGAUACCCGGGGAGCCUUCUGGCUCGCGAAACGCCAGCCAUCCAUAAUCGAACGUGUCUAAAAGCAAAGCACAAAGAUAGAUCUCCUCAAGGCAUGUAUGAAUCGCAUGCCGUUGAUUCUCCACAAGACUCGAGCUCUUCUCAAUCGGCGCGUGAAUGUGGUAGAACGGCUAUUGCGGCUUCAUCGGCCCCCUCGUAGCGUGCACCACAGCUUACAAUCAGC